CAUUCUGGUGGAUAAGGUCUCUGCAUCAAAAGGGAAACUGAGGCAGGGUUGUGGCUGGUAGUGUGGUCUUUGUAGUGAUUUGCCCAAUAUCAAGCAGGCAGUAUGGAGAGACACCUGACCCCCAAUAGCCACAGGUUCUGCUGGAGAGGAGCUCUUAAUCCCUGGCAGGCCUUGGAUAAGGGCUCUGGUGUCAGCCCCUGUCUGCCACCCCCGCUCUCUGCCUCCCGGAGUGGCUGCCCAGCCAAGGACAGGGCCGCCUGCUUACCUCCUGGGCUUGGGUGCUGCCUGGACUGGUGCCUCUGUCUCUGGCCCUCACACACUUGCUGCAGCCAGUCCAGCAUGCUGGGUACCGCAGUCCUGCUGGCCCUGCUCCCAGGGAUCUCCACCUUGCUUGGUGGGCCACCUGCGCCCCCGUUUCCAGCGGCGCCCGGGUCGUGGCUGCGCCGACCCCUUUUCAGUCUAGAGCUGUCGGACACGCAGGACGCCUUCCAGCGCCGUGCGGGGCCACUCGAGGUCCCGGCGGACAGCCGCGUGUUCGUGCAGGCAGCCCUGGCCCGUUCUUCCCCGCGCUGGGGCCUGGCCCUGCACCGCUGCUGGGUGACACCCUCCUCACGUCCGGCCCCGGGACCCACCCUGGCGCUGCUGCGCGGGGGCUGCCCCGCCGAUUCCUCCGUCGCCUUUCCGCCACCGCGCCCUGGGGCCGCCCGCUUCAGCUUCCGUCUGCGCCCGGUCUUCAACGCCUCUGUGCAGUUCUUGCACUGCCAGCUGAGCCGCUGCCGCCGCCUCCAGGGAGCCCACCAGACUCCUGCACCUCUCACGCUGCUGCCCCCAUCGCCGUGUCUGCCUCAGGAUGAGGCGUGCGCCAGCGCCAGCAGUGGCAGAAUUGAGAGUCUGGGUACCAACAGCCCCCACCUACACACGCUGACGCAGCCCAUCAUUGUCACGGUGCCACGGCCGCCCCCCAGGCCACCCAAAGGCGUCCCCAGCAGAGCUGUACGCCCGGAGCCUCCUGCGUCGGCCCCGGUGGCCCUUGAGCCCGCACCAGUGGUGGCACUAGUGGUGGCCGCCUUCUUGCUGGGCGCCGCGCUGGUCGCGGGACUCGGCCUUGUGUGCGCGCAUUCAGGUACCAACCUCGGCCCGCCCAGAUCUUCACUCGGUCCCCAGCCUAUUCUAGUGCUUCGGGACUCAGGGUCGCCACGAUCCCAGCCAGCGGCGCCUGAACAUCCUUAGACCUGCGUCCGUUACGCCCACAGCAGCCCCCAGGGGGCACCCUUGCACGGGGCCAGCGUUCAGCAACCCCUACUGCUCGGCAGCCUGCCUCUC